CGCGGGUGAGGCCGGGCAGGCGCCAUCUUGGAAAAGGGCAGCCCCCGCCCCGGCGCUGCGGGAGGACGCGGGGCGAUGGCGGCGGCCGUGGCCGCGCUGGGCCGGGGCCUGACGGCCGCGCUCCGCCUGCCCCGGGCUCGGCCGGGACUCCCCGGAAUGGCACUGAAUCUGUACCAGAACCUACCGAAAAUUGAGAUACUCCAUCAGGUGAAGCUCCUGCACACAACUGUGUCUCGGAAAGGUCUGGAGGAGUUUUUUGAUGAUCCAGGAAACUGGGGGGAAAAAAGUGUAAAGUCUGGGGAUUCAUGGAAUAUAAAGCAGCUAAGGGGCAAGAGUAGUGAAGACUUGCACAAACUUUGGUAUGUCCUGCUGAAAGAAAAGAACAUGCUCUUGACUUUAGAGCAAGAAUCCAAGCGACAGCGCAAGCCUAUGCCAAGUCCAGAACGCUUAGAAAAGGUAGAAACAUCUAUGAAAAAUAUAGACUUGGUUGUCAGAGAAAGAGAAAUUGCUUUGAGGCUUUUACAAACAGGCCAUGAAAAGCCAGUCCCUGGCGAGUGGAGACAAGACUUCCUGGGACGCACCUUCUGGUACAGUUACAAGGAAUGGCCAAUACCAUGGCACUUGAACAAAAAACACAAAAAGAAGAGAUUCUUUUACUUGCCUCAUGUGAAUCACUUCAUCAGACUCAGACUUGAAAAAUCCUUACGGAAAAGGGCAAGGCAGCAGAGCCUGGAGAGGACGAAGCGGAAGCUCUUGGAAAGGAAGUUCCCUGAUGUUGCUGUGAAAUCCCAGAGCCAGUAGCAGGCUGGAAAAGCACUGUAAACAACUGGUCAAGUGUCUGUGGAACAUGAAUCAUGUUCUGGAACCACAAACAACUCCACUGAGCAUUCCAGAUAGUCUCCAGCUUUUUUUGUUUUUAAUACCACAUUUGACUUUAAUUAAAAACUUUCAAUCUGGAAUUAAAAAGCAGCUUUGGUGCCUAACUCAAAUCAUCCAAUCUCUCACAUUUCCAGGAACAAAUGUGUUAGCCAGCUCUCACAAGAGUGCAAGAUGCAUUAGGAACAGUGAAGAGCAGCCACAGAGUGCCAUCUGACAGUAACAAGUGUAGGGGUAAUAUACCUGGUUUAGUUUAACACAUGUACAUUAAAAUCAGACAGAAACAUGAACGCAUCUGAAGCUCACAUAUGAGCCUUUUCACUGGUCAUAUUUUCCCUGCUACUUCCCUGAAUAUUUUCCCUGAGUUACAGGUAAGCUACACAAGGUGUAUUUGCUCUCUGCAUAAAUGCACUGGUGAAUGGGCUCUCUGGACUGCUGUGAGGAAUUUUUUCCACUGCUGUAAGUCUGGCUUCUUAGAAAGUACAAAAUACUCAUGGGAACUUCUAAUACAGUUGUCCUACCUUGAUUUCUGUGACAAAUUCAAACACUUCUACAAUGCUUUGCACAGUGCAAUGUUUGAAAGAAGGCUGCAAUAGUCUUGAAGUAGGUACUGCUGUUGCUCUCAGUUGAAGGAAACACCUUCACCUUUCACUUCAUGAAAGCUUUUAACUUCCACAUGAUGUGGUAUAGAAAUCUAGACUGAAGUCAAAAAUACCAGUCUUUAAGGCAGCAAUGUGCUCAGCAGUAUCUGGUAAAACACUGCAAGGGAACCAGUACUGUUUCAUGUUUCUAUCCAUCAUUUGGACCUUCACUUACUCCCGUGCAUCACACAAAAUUCCCAGUUUAAAUUCAGAAUCUUUACAGUGUGAGAAAACCUCCAGCAGUGUUUUGCUCUCCCUGUGCUGCUGGAAUAUUAGCAGAUACUGUAGUGCAAUUCUUUUAAGAUAAAUGGAAGACAAAAGCUGAUUUGGCAUCAUGAAAUCUAAGCAUGCCACAGAAAGAAAGCUUAAAACCUCCACCCACUGCAGUGCACUGGGGGAGCAGUUUAGUUAUGUUCCAUGUUCUACCUGAAUGGAAACUGGACUGAGUCCUUUUCUUCCACAAUCACAAGAGCUGGUGACUGCAGUUUGCCUCAUUUUGCAAGAGAAAUAUGGUUUGGCAGUAGCUUUGAAAAUCUGAUCAAACAACUUUGUCUAAAGAGCAACACAAGAUUCUCAUGAUAAGACAAAAGCAGAUUGGUUUGAUAAAUUACUUUAUUUUUUGGAGGUAAUGUGAAACUUUUCAAAUAGAGGCCUUGUAAUUAUUUACCCACAAGAUCUUUUAGGAUACAAAAAUGUAGCAGUACUGUUUAUUUUUUUUUUAGAUCAGUUAAAUGCUAUUUGGUUUUCCACAGCUUUUGAGAUAUGGAGCAAAACUUCAUUGUGUCCCAAAACAGCCCAUCACAUAAUGUAAAUUAGGCUUAAAAGCAACAUUGAGCUGCAUCUUGACAGCUGAUUUCUGCUGAAAAACGAAGUCAUCCCCAUUCCUGUGACCCUGAGUGCACCUUCCCCUGCAAACACAGGCACUUACAGACCCUGCUGGGAGGCACAGGGGAGCCACACCAGCCUGGAGCACACAGCACCGAGGGCUCCCUGCAGCAGGGCAAGCCACGCACUGAAAGCUUCUGACUCUGCUCCCAGGCUUGGAGAGGCCAUUCUUUGUCUCAACUUCCCUGUCUUCAACAGGCUUUGCUUCUCACCAACAUCACAAAGGCAUUAAAUACAUUCUUAGACAUCAGGUGGAAAGCAUUGCUUGCUUACUGAAAUGAAACUGCUCCAUAAUAAAAAAAAUUAACAAACCAGUGCUUAAUAUAACAUUCACCCCACGGAAUGUAACACUUCUGUGAGACAGUAAAAGUUUACACUAAAAUAGAUUGCUGAAUACAAACUUUCACUUUUAAAACAGCAGAGUUAACUUUCUCUGCAAGUACUCACAAGCUUGCUCAAAUAUAAAAGACCAAAUUUUAUUUUUUGAGAGAAAAAUAAGAGCAAUUUAAGGCCAAAGUACCAGCAAGGAAGACUAGUAUGUGAAAGUAGACAAGAAAUUAGACAAGAAAUAAUUAAUAAAUAAGCACAGGCAUUUGCAAGGUUAUGCCUCUAUCUAUUAGCUAACCUGUAAAGCUGUUCCCAGGAAAAGAUACUAGAGAAAAUAGACAUUUAUACAAAAUUAUAAAAUGCUUGUUACAGGAAUUAUUGCUUUACAAGGGACGUAAACAUCCUUUUUCUAUUAUAGUACCAAUUAGGUCUCUCAAAAUUUCUAACUUUGUUAAAAUGGAAUUUGAAUUAUGCAAAAAACCCAAUAUAAACUUCCUACAAAGAGGAGUCCAUCCCAUUCCUGAGUAUGCUAAAGCUAUAAAACAGAAGGAGCACCAAGCAGGCAGCAGUUUUCACAGUUAAGAGGUCUAAGGACAUUUUCUUUCUACACACUGUUUCCCUCCUUCUUCAUAUUCUUGUUUGGAAAUCCACAUCUGCUGGAAAGUACCC